AUGCUUUUUUUUUGUUCUCCUGGAUCCCUCAACGACAUUAACGUUCUUAAUCGUUCACCUAUAUUUAACAAUAUAUACGACGGAUCUGUACUAGAUUCUUCUUUCCAAUUGCGUGGAACACCAUAUAAAUAUGUUUAUCAUCUAGUUGAUGAGAUUUAUCCUGAGUAUGCAGUUUUUGUUAAAUCGUUUACGUGUCCGAAGGAUGCUCGUCAGAAAAAAUUCAAGAAAGCUCAAGAAAGAGCUACGAACGAUGUCGAGUCGGCUUUUGGAGCUCUCAAGAAACGUUGGUUUAUAUUGAAAAAACCAGUAAUUUUUUUCAGCGAGGAAAAAAUGCAUGAAGUCAUGUAUGCAUGUGUAAUACUAUAUAAUAUGAUUAUCGAAAAUGAAGGAAGAGCGAUAUGUGAGUAUGAUGAAGAGAAAACCAUUCCCGCGACACAAGGAAUAGAAAUUAGGGGCGACGAGUACAUUGAAAAGAGAGCAGAGGUUCGUUGCAAUGAAACAUUUCAUAAUCUUCGUAUGAAUUUGGUGGAACACAUUUACAGGAUGCAACACAUUGACCUCAAUUUGGAUCCGGAGAAGGACCCGAAAGACGAGUUCUCGGAGGACAACUUCAUGUAG